AUGAUGGGAUCAACGAUUUUCAGGAAGAGAUGUUUUGCUGUGAGACUGAGAGGGACUUCUUUACUUUUCCGAUCGUUUUCCGUUCCCGUUGGGAAAACUCCCGACGCAUCAGCUGAAAUAGCGGGAAUCCUCAACCAAGGGAACUGGCGCGACGCUCUGAGCUCUUCGAAUCUUUCGAUCGAGCUGAAUCCAGAAGUGGUUCUAUCCGUUUUACGAUCUAAACGCGUCGACGAUCCCGCUAGGCUUUUGAGUUUCUUCAACUGGGUCGAUUCUCAGAAGGUCACGGAGCAGAAGCUGGAUUCGUUUACGUCUCUCGCUUCGGUACUGUGUCAUUUCGGUAGUUUUGCGCAAGCUCAUAGUGUUGUAAUCCGGAUGAUUGAGAGGAAAUGGCCUGUAGAUGAGGUUUGGAGUUCGGUUGUGAGAUGCUCGCGAGAGUUUGCGGGAAAGGGUAGUGACGACGGAGCUCUGUUUUGGAUAUUGAUUAAUGGGUACAUUGAGAAAGGGCUAUUAGAUGAAGCUGUUUUCGCGAUUUAUAGGGCUAUAGAUUUGGAAUUGGUUCCUGCUUCGGCGAGAUGUAACCAUUUGUUGGAUGCGUUGUGUAAAAAGGGAGAUCUGGAUGAAGCACUUGAGCUGAAGAAGUCGAUGAUUUGCAAAGGAUUGGUGCCAUUGAAGCAAUCGUACAACAUGCUUAUAGAUGGAUUGUGUAAGCGAAACAGACUAGAAGUUGCUAAAUCGUUGUUGGUAGAGAUGAAUAGUCUUGGUGUGUUUCCUGAUAAUGUGACUUGUAGUAUUCUGAUUGAGGGUUUACUCAAGGGGAGAGAUGCAGAUGCUGCGAAUGGACUAGUCCAUGAGAUGGUUUCUAAUGGAGUCAACAUUGAUCCUAAGGUGUAUGAUUCUUUUGUUUGUGUGAUGUCAAAGGAAGGGGCUAUGGAGAAGGCAAAGGCUCUCUUCGAUGGGAUGAUCACGUCGGGAGUGACACCUGGUGCUCGGGCUUAUGCGAGUUUGAUCGAGGGGUACUUUCGAGAGAAGAAUGUACUCAAUGGUUGUGAGUUACUUGUUGAAAUGAAAAAGAGGAACAUCGUUGUAUCUCCAUAUGUUUAUGGUACAGCGGUGAAAGGCAUGUGUUCUUCUGGGGAUCUUGAUGGAGCUUAUAACAUUGUGAAGGAAAUGGGUGCAAGUGGAUGCAGACCCAAUGUGGUUAUAUAUACAACUUUGAUCAAAACCUUUCUCCAGAAGAGUAGCUUUGAAGAUGCAGUGAGGGUGUUGAAAGAAAUGAAGGAACAAGGAAUCGCACCAGACACGUUUUGCUACAAUUCCUUUAUCAUUGGCCUUUCAAAGGCCAAAAGGAUGGAAGAAGCAAGGUCUUAUCUGGUUGAAAUGGUCGAGAACGGAUUAAAGCCUGAUGCUUUCACCUAUGGGGCUUUUAUCAGUGGAUAUAUAGAGGCAGGGGAAUUUGCAACCGCGGACAAGUAUGUCAAAGAGAUGCUGGAUUGUGGUGUAGUUCCGAAUAAGGUCUUUUGCACGGGACUGAUCAGUGAGUAUUGCAAAAAGGGGAAAGUAGUAGAAGCGUGCUCGGCGUUCAGAUCCAUGGUCGAAGGAGGGAUCUCUGGGGAUGCUAAGACAUACACUGUUCUUAUGAACGGUCUUGUUAAGAACGGCAAAGUAAAUGAUGCGGAGGAGAUUUUCCAGGAAAUGCGUGGAAAGGGUAUUAAACCUGAUGUAUUCUCGUACGGUACGCUCAUUGAUGGGUUUUCAAAGUUGGGGAAUAUGCAAGAGGCUACUCGUUUAUUUGAUGAGAUGGAUCAAGAAGGUGUGGCUCCUAACGUCAUCGUAUACAACAUGUUGCUUGGUGGCUUCUGCAGGUCUUUUGAAAUGGAAAGAGCUAAGGAACUUUUCAACGGAAUGUCAGGGAAAGGUUUCCCACCUAAUGCAGUGACUUACUGUACAAUGAUAGACGGAUGUUGCAAAACCGGGGAUCUAGCGGAGGCUUUCCGGUUAUUCAACGAGAUGAAGCUAAACGGAUUAGUUCCUGAUAGUUUUGUGUACACAACGCUCGUGGAUGGGUGUUGCAGAUGGAACGAUGAGGAAAGAGCCUUAAGUCUCUUUGAGACGAACGAGAAGGAUUGUGUUUCUACCGCCGCCCCUUUCAAUGCUUAUAUCAAUUGGGUUUUCAAGUUUGGGAAAACAGAAUCGAUAAAUCGGCUAAUGAUGGAUGGGUCGUUUGAUAGGUUUAGCAAGUGCAAUGAUGUGACAUACAACAUUAUGAUUGAUUAUCUCUGCAAGGAAGGAAAUGUGGAAGCUGGGAAAGACCUUUUGCUGCAGAUGAAGGCGGCGAGCCUGAUGCCUAGUGUUGUAACUUACACGUCUCUUCUAAACGGGUAUGAAAAACUGGGUAGAAGAUCCGAAAUGUUUGAUAUAUUCGACGAGGCUAUAGCUGCAGGAAUCGAGCCGGACGGGAUAAUGUACAGUGUUAUCAUUAGUGCUUUCCUGAGAGAAGGGAUGACGACGAAGGCGCUUGUGCUAGUGGAUGAAAUGUUUGCUAAGAACGCUGUUGCUGAUGGGUGUAAGCUAAGUGUAUCAACGUGCAGGGCUCUGCUUUCUGGUUUUGCUAAAGUGGGAGAAAUGGAGGCGGCUGAGAAGGUUAUGGUGAAUAUGGUUCGGCUCAAUUAUGUUCCUGAGUCCUCGAGUGUUAUUGAGUUAAUCAAUGAGAGUUGCGUUUCAACAAACCAAAACAUGGAAGCCGAUGCUGCUUCAUAA